AUGACGUUUCCUGUCAAGAUGGCGGAUAGCCUCCCUUCGGAGUUUGAUGUGAUCGUAAUAGGGACGGGUUUGCCUGAAUCCAUCUUUGCAGCUGCAUGUUCAAGGAGUGGCCAGAGGGUUCUGCAUGUUGAUUCAAGAAGCUACUAUGGCGGAAACUGGGCCAGUUUCAGCUUUUCUGGACUGUUGUCCUGGAUAAAGGAAUAUCAGGAAAACACUGACGUUGUAGUUGAAAGUUCCACGUGGCAAGAACAGAUCCUUGAAAAUGAAGAAGCCAUUGCCCUUAGUAGGAAGAACAAAACAAUUCAAAAUGUGGAAGUAUUUUGUUACGCCAGUCAGAAUUUGCAUGAAGAUAUUGAAGAGACUGGUGCACUGCAGAAAAGUCAUGCUUCUGUGACAUCUGCGAACUCCGCAGAAGCUGUAGAGCCUAACUGCCUGCCUCCAGAGCCUAACUGCCUGCCUAGAGAGGAUGAGUCAUUAAGCCCUCUGAGCUGUGAGGUGCCUGCAGAACAAAUCCCAGGCAGUGAUACAGAGAUUGCUCUGGAAGUAAACGAUGCUGAAGUAACAAGGAAGAGAGAGAAGCGUAGUGAAGAUAAAACCUCAGAAGAAGAAACAACUAAAAAUACAUCUAUAGCAGAGGACACUACAGAGCAACCAAAGAAAAAUAGAAUUACUUACUCUCAGAUUAUUAAAGAAGGCAGGAAAUUUAAUAUUGAUUUGGUAUCAAAGCUGCUGUAUUCUCGGGGUUUGCUGAUUGAUCUUCUAAUCAAAUCUAAUGUUAGUCGAUAUGCAGAAUUCAAAAAUAUUACCAGGAUUCUGUCAUUUCGAGAAGGAAUAGUGGAACAGGUUCCUUGUUCCAGAGCAGAUGUCUUUAAUAACAAACAACUCACUGUGGUAGAAAAACGAAUGCUAAUGAAAUUUCUUACAUUUUGUAUGGAAUAUGAGGAGCAUCCUGAAGAAUAUAAAGCCUAUGAGAAUGUUACAUUUUCUGAAUUUUUAAAAACUCAAAAACUAACCCCCAACCUCCAGUAUUUUGUAUUGCAUUCGAUUGCAAUGACAUCAGAAACAACCAGCAGUACCAUAGAUGGUCUCAAAGCUACCAAAAACUUUCUUCACUGUCUUGGGCGAUAUGGAAACACUCCAUUUUUGUUUCCCCUAUAUGGUCAAGGAGAACUCCCGCAGUGUUUCUGUAGGAUGUGUGCUGUGUUUGGGGGAAUCUAUUGUCUUCGCCAUUCUAUACAGUGCCUUGUAGUGGACAAAGAAUCUGGAAAAUGUAAAGCAAUCAUCGAUCAGUUUGGUCAGAGAAUAAACUCUAAGCAUUUCCUUGUGGAGGACAGUUACUUUUCUGAGAAUACAUGCUCACAUGUGCAGUACAGGCAAAUCUCCAGGGCAGUCCUAAUUACAGAUAGAUCUGUAUUAAAACCAAAUUCAGAUCAACAGAUUUCCAUUUUGACAGUACCAGGAGAGGAGCCAGAAACUUUUUCUGUUCGGGUCAUUGAGUUAUGUUCCUCAACAAUGACAUGCAUGAAAGGCACCUAUUUAGUUCAUUUGACUUGUACAUCUUUUAAAACAGCAAGAGAAGAUUUAGAACCAGUUGUGCAGAAAUUGUUUAUUCCCUAUACGGAAAUGGAGAUAGAAAGUGAAGAAGUUGAGAAGCCAAGAAUUCUAUGGGCUCUCUACUUCAAUAUGAGAGAUUCUUCAGAAGUCGGCAGGAACUGUUACAAUGAUUUACCACCCAAUGUUUAUGUCUGCUCCGGCCCAGACUGUGGUUUAGGAAAUGAUAAUGCAGUCAAACAGGCUGAAACAAUUUUCCAGCAAAUCUUCCCCAGUGAAGAUUUCUGUCCACCCCCACCAAAUCCUGAAGAUAUUGUUCUUGAUGAAGACAGUUCACACCCAGAAGCUUCAGAAUCCAGUGUUAUGCCAAAGCCCAACUCAGAGACUCCCAAGGAAACUACAAGUCUUGGAAACCUAGAAGAAUCCUCUGAAUAAUACCAAACUUGAUACCCUAGUUUUGAAAUUCUUACUGGCCUCAGAGUCUUCUGGAUGCAGGGAGUGUUUGAAAAAUAUUAGAAAGUAGUAGCCAGUUGACAUGCAGAAUUAUAAGAAGAAACAGAUCACAGGAAGCUAAAAGGGAGUUUUCCUUGAAGAGGACAUUCCAAGAACACAAAAUAUUUGUGAUUGCCUGUUUUAAAAUAUGAAACCUAUAAGAUUAGGAGUUAAAAAUUAUAAAUAGACUGAUUUCCAAGUAUGUAGCUGUAGAUGUGAAAGUGAUCCAUUUUUAAUAAUUCUGUAAGGACAACUUUACCUGCCACUUUGGAUUGUUGCUGAAAAACCACAUCUUUGAAUCAGUUCACAUAUUUCCUUUGAUUAUUUGAAUUACUUUUUUAUGUAUAUGAGUGUCAUGACAUAAAAGUUAAAAGUAUAUAUAAAUUCAAUGGAGAAAUCUAAAGUAUCAUGAUCCAGACAGGAGCGUAUUGAAAAUAAAAGUUUGUUUUGUUUUUAUGUUAAGAAAAACUGAAAAUUCUAAUAGUGAGAUUUUUAGACAUUUUUAUAGACAAAUCAUGAUUUGUCAGCAGUGACUUUAUUAGUAGUAGUGAUAUUUGUAUGUGAAUCAUGUACAAACUAGGAAAGCUAAGUACUGAAGAAAUGAAAUAAUAAAAGGAAAGUUUGGAUAUAAUCACUGAUAUUUGAAGAUAAUAGUCAAGUAACUAGAAUACCAACUUAAUUGUCUACAGACCUAAAUGCUCAGCUACUGAUACUAUCAGGCAAAUUGUUUAAUUUCUGAGCCUCAGUUUCCUCAGAUAUAAAGUGAAAAUAGUAAUAGUCUACCUUUUGUAGGAGAAUGAACAUGAAGAUAAGUUUAGUGCCAACCUUAGAAUGUUUUUUUCUGAAAAACAAAAUUGUUUCAGAAUUUUCUCGUGGACCUGGAUGUGAAUAUCAAAAAGCCUCAUGUGGCAAAUAAUUGCUUACUGUCAAUUCCCUGACAAAAUAAAUCAAUUUUUAUUGCA